AUGCUUCUAUUACAUUAUCAACAACUUGUCUUUAUUUUUAUUACGACGAUUAAAAUUACUUCUGCUUUUUGGUGGUCACUUGGUCUACCAUCAUUUAAAUUAUGGUCGUCACAACCAGCAGCGAAUCAACUCUUGGAAAAAGAUCAAUUUUGUUCAUCAUUAAAAUUUCUAACUCCUGAACAACGUUCUCUAUGUCAAACAAAUCCAAAAAUUUUCUCUAUUAUUCAUCGUUCACUACGUUUGGCUAUUGAUGAAUGUCAAUAUCAAUUUCGUAAUCAACGAUGGAAUUGUUCAUUAUUUAAUCAACCAGAAAUAUUAGGAAAACUUAUUUUAAGAAAAACACCUGAAACUGCUUUUAUGUAUGCACUUACAUCUGCUGCGGUCAUGCAUAAUAUCGCAAAAGCUUGUUCAAAAGGUGAAUUACGUGAAUGUGGAUGCGAUAAAAGUCAGCCGAAAGUAUCAACGGACGCAAUGGUCAAAUAUCAAUCAACUACAACGAAACCACCAACCAAUGCUGCCUUAUCGCCAAUGUCAAGUGACGGUUUCGAAUGGGGUGGCUGUUCGGAUGAUUUAAAAUUCGGUCGAAACAUAAGUGUAUCAUUUAUUGAUAGACAAGAAUUAUUUAUGACUCCACGUCGUAUUGUAAGUUUGGUUAAUUUACAUAAUAAUGAAGCUGGACGACAAAGUGUCGAACGAAAUGUUCAAUUGACAUGUAAAUGUCAUGGUGUAAGUGGUUCAUGUACAUUACGUGUUUGUUGGCGUACACUACCAGAUUUUCGUAUUAUUGGUUCGGAAUUACGAACAAAAUAUGCCAGUGCAACACAAGUCCGAUUCAAUCGUGCCAUGAACAUUCUUAAGCCACGUAAAGCUUCACAGAAAUUAUUUAAUACAACUGAUCUUAUUCAUAUUCAUAUGUCACCGUCGUUUUGUGAAAAAAAUCUUCAGCUUGGCUCAUUAGGUACAAAAGGACGCGAAUGUAAUUUGACGACCAAUGAGGCCGGAUCAUGUUCUGUGCUAUGCUGUGAUCGUGGUUAUGAAACAAUUAUUUCGACGAUCGAAGAAGAUUGUGAUUGUCAAUUUCAUUGGUGUUGCGAAGUGCGAUGUAAGCGUUGUGUAAAAAGAAUCGAAAGGCAUUUUUGUAAAUGA